AUGCGUCGUUGUUUCUCAACUGCAACUAAUUACUUUGAAAUUCAUUUAAAGAAUGAACUGGCUGGAAUCAAACAAGCUGGAACAUUCAAGAAUGAACGAGUUAUUCAAGGAAAACAGGGUGUUUUGGUAAAAGUGACUGGUUCCGACAAGCCUGUCAUCAACUUCUGCGCCAACAACUAUUUGGGUCUUAGCAGUCAUCCAGAGGUCAUCGCAGCUGGACAAAAGGCGUUGGAAACUCACGGAGCAGGACUGUCAUCUGUCCGUUUUAUCUGUGGAACUCAAGAUAUUCAUAAGGAAUUGGAAGAGAAGAUUGCAAAGUUCCAUGGAACAGAAGACACGAUUUUGUAUGCUGCUUGUUUCGAUGCGAAUGGAGGGAUUUUUGAAGUAAUGACUGGAGAACAAGAUGCAAUUAUUUCUGAUGAAUUGAAUCAUGCAUCGAUUAUUGAUGGAAUCCGAUUGAGUAAAGCAAAGAGAUUUAGAUAUAAACAUUUGGAUUUGGAUGAUUUGGAAACAAAGUUGAAGGAGGCGAAAGAAUCUCGCUUCCGUUUGAUCGUUACCGAUGGUGUGUUCUCUAUGGAUGGUGACGUUGCACCACUCGCUGAUAUCUCCAGUUUGGCGGAACAAUACGACGCUCUUCUCUUUAUCGAUGAGUGCCACGCUACAGGAUUCUUUGGAAAAACAGGUCGUGGAACGGCCGAAGCUGUCGGAGGAAGUCCCCACGUCAUCAACUCCACUCUCGGAAAAGCUCUCGGCGGAUCGAUGGGAGGUUAUACAACUGGCCCAAAACCUCUAAUUGAUCUAUUGAGACAACGUUCCCGUCCUUAUUUAUUCUCUAAUUCUUUGGCUCCAAGUAUCGUUGGGAGUAGCAUCAAGGUAUUCGACCUGCUUAUGAACGAUUCGUCAUUCAUCGGCUCAUUGCAAACAAAUGUUUCUCAUUUCCGUAAAAGUAUGGCUGCCAACGGAUUCACUAUUCUUGGAAAUGAUCCAGCUCAUCCGAUAUGUCCGGUUCUAUUGGGAGACGCCAAAUUGGCUGCGACGAUGGCUGAUGAACUUUUGAAGCUGGGAAUCUAUGUUAUUGGAUUCUCAUUCCCUGUAGUUCCAAAGGGAAAAGCACGUAUUCGUGUUCAGAUUUCAGCUGCUCAUACGAAAGAACACAUUGAUCAAUUGAUUGAGGCAUUUGCAAAAGUUGGAAAGAAAUUGAAUGUUGUUUAG